GCUUCCGAGGCAGAUCCCACCCCUGCAGACAGCCGGACCCCAACUCGCUUCCUUCAUCCAAAGGGCCAAGCACACACAGCCCCUCCAAGCACCCCAAUAGGUGGGCAGUGUCUGAUCCAAACUUCAUUUACCUUUGGCCCAUCUGAGUAAUGAACAGACACAAACUUCUUCAUGCCUUGGCCAGGUUUAAGGUGUUGCUUUGUGCUUGCUGUGAGCAAGGAUGGAUUGAGCACUGUCAGCAGGCACUGCCAGGAAGGGAGGGCAGGAUCCAACCAGCCCCAGGCAGGCUGGUCCUGGAUGACUUUGCUUUUACUCCUCACCCUCUUCCUUUGAGCUGAACUGAUAAACACCACCAUCAACUCCAAACAUGGCCUUUCCCAGCUUGGGAGCCAGGGUUUAGCAGUGUGGAGAUGAAGAGAAGGCUGUGCCCAGGAGCCCCAGCUGAUCUGUCUCUUCUAGAGCUUCUCCAUUGCUGGCCCUCAAAGCUUCACAUGGCAAAAUGCACCAGUCUCCUUUUUGCAAGUGGGGAGACUGAGGCAUGCAACCAGGCUGGCAGCACACAGGGAGGCAGCCAAGAAGCAGUGGGACAAGGCAGGAGCCCUGAAUCGAGGUAUGAGUAUCCCUGUCCCACACCAGGAGUGUUUCACACUAAGGGUGAGGUGCAGCAAAUCAGCCCCUUUGCCUCUACGUAAAACCCCCAACUUUCCCUGCAGAUGGGCACCUGGGGGCUUCUCCUCCCUCUGGCAGGAGCAGGAAGGUGGGAGACAGACUGAUACUGGGGGAAAGGCACUUUCUUUCUAGGCAUGAGAUCAGCAGGGAAUAAAAGCGGCACAGAUCAGCCCUUGUCUCACUGCAUCUGGUUGUCAGCACAAGGAGCUUUUGUGUUUACCCAGACUCAAGGGCAAUCGUCCGUCACUAACAACACAAUAUCCCUCAGCCCUGAGCCCAGUGGGGAGCAGGACGGAGCUGGUGGGAGGACGGACAGCACCCAGGACAUCAGGACAGAGAGGGAUUUGUCAUGGACAACACUCUGGAAACCAGCCAGCAAAAGGAGAAGCUUCUGAAAACCAUCUAUACCCUGCAGCUAAAGUCAAACACGACACUGCAGGCAGCCAGCCCACUGCUGAGCAACCAGAUUGGCAUGGGCAUGGUGACACAGCACCACAUCCACCAGCUGGUGGAUAAGGCCAAAAGCCUAUGUGGAGAUCUGGACAACAUUAAGAACCUCCUCCACUAUUGCCAGGAUAACCUGGUUCGGAAAAUCCCCAACCCAACUGGCAGUCGUUAUGGGGGAGUAUGUGGAAUCCACUGCUCCUUGGAUGGCUCCAUCUACGUGACAGCUGAGAGUGCUCCCUGGGUCCAUGUCCUCAGCAGCACAGGCCAAACACUUCAGUCCCUGCCUUGCCAACAAAUGGGGAAGGAAAGUGGCACUUUCUUGCCAGAAGAUGUGACUGUGACUCACACAGGAAGGGUGGCUGUGGCUGACAUGAUGAAUGGAGUCAUCUGGGUCUUCAACCCUCACACCAGCCGCUCCAAGGGGGAAUGGAUAAAGAUCAGAAAGGUUGGCUCCCCCAGGGGUAUUGCAGUAGACUCCAUGGGCAGGAUCUUGGUAGCAGACUAUGCACAAGGCCAAGUCCACAGCUUUGCUCUGGACCAUGCCUUCAAGACACUCAACGUCCACUUGGUGUCCAAUCUGCAAGGACCUCGCUACAUCAGUCCAGCACCCAGUGGAGGAUUUGUGGUCAGUGAGGAGUGUGGAGAUGUCAAGGUCUUCACCAGCAGCUGCAAGCUCCUCUUCUCCCUCAGCAGCAAAUACGGACACCGGUUUGGUAACCCAGCCGGGGUUUGCAUUGAUGUGGCUGGCAGCAUCCUAGUGGCAGAUGAGCAGCUCCGGACAGUCCACUUGUUCCCAGAACACGGAGCUCCUGUCUGCCUGGUGUCCACAAGGCUGCGGAGGCCAGCUGGUGUUGCUUGCUCUUCCUCUGGUCACCUCCUCGUGGCAGACGCAGGGGAGAACUGUGUCAAAGUCUUUAAGUACUGCGUGAGGCCCCUGUACAGGCCCACCAACCCUGGGGCAGCAUGUGGUGACCCCAUCCUAACACUCAGGUGCUGAGCUUUAGAUCUGCUGUUGGGCAGUGAGUGAGUGGGUCCACUGCUCCCACAGCUGGGCAUUAUCCCUGUUCUUACAGAAUCAUAGAAUGGUUGGGGUUGGAAGGGACCUUCAAAGCUCAUCUAAUCCAACCCCCUGCAAUAAGUAAGGACAUCUCAACUAGACCAGGUUGCCCAGAGUCACAUCCAGCCUGGCCUUCAAUGUCUCCAGGAAUAGUGCAUCUACUUGACUGCCUUAUCGCCCUCCAGCUUCUCCAGAUGGCAGAAGCAAGGACUAGACCGGCUGAGUUUCUUGGACCCACCAGCAUACCUCGAGGAGGACUUGAG